CUCUUAUUAGCCCAUAUGUGUAAGUUUGUAACGCUAUCAAACAUCCCACGAGCCUAGACACCUGCUGCAUCUUCUACCUCCUCUUCUAUUCUUAUCUCUCUGCAACUCCGGCCUCUCUCCAAUUAUUUCUCUCUGAUCAAACGCAUAUAUGCAUCAAAAGAAAACAUACCAGCUUCCUCUUCCUCCUCCUUAGAAAAAUUCCUUUUUUUUUUUUUUUCGUUUUGUUUAAUUGUUAAUCUUCGCCAUAUACACAUACAUACAAUCUAAUUAUGGCCUUCGAAACUUGGCUAAUUAAGGUAAAGACGGCGAUAUCAAACAGUUUUGAGGUGGUGCGACCCGCCGCACCGAACCCAAGACUGAUAAAGAAGUCCAACGUCGGCGUUUUAGCCUUCGAGAUUGCUGGCCUCAUGUCCAAACUCCUUCACCUAUGGCAAUCCCUCUUGGACAAGAACAUAGGCCGCCUCCGCAACGAGUCUAUCUCUCUCGAGGGAGUCCACAAGAUCGUAUCCAACGACGAAGCUUUCCUCCUCGGCCUCGCGUGCGCGGAGUUUUCUGAGAAUCUCAGACUUGUCGCCAAAUCGGUAUCCAGAAUAAGCAAGAAAUGCGAGGAACCGAGUCUCCGGUGCUUCGAGCGCUUGUUUGAUGAGUUCGCCAACUGGGGACGCGACCCUCAUAGUUGGGUUCUAAGCUUGAAAGAAAUGGAAGCUAGAAUCAAGAAGAUGGACAGAUACGUCACUCUCACGGCCACGCUACAUAGAGAAAUGGAUGAGCUUUCUGUCAUGGAAACUGGGUUAAGCAAAUCGUUAGUCAAGUGUCAGGAAAAAGAAUCAACAAUUUCUGAGCUUCAGCAGAAGAUUUACUGGCAACGACAGGAAAUCAAGUAUCUUAAAGAGAGAUCAAUAUGGAACCGAAGCUUUGAUACUGUUGUUUCCCUGCUUGCACGGUCUAUUUUCACUAUUUUGGCAAGGAUCAAACUAGUUUUCGGCAUAGGAACAUGUCCAGAGUCUCUGACUCGCAGUCUCUCAGCUUCGGCCACUGUCCACCCCUCGGAUCACAACCCAAGUUCUUGCCUUUACGUGUCAGGGCCAUUAAUGAAAAGCUCAAAACUUGAGGAAAAGAAAGAUUUGGCUGAUGGGUUUUUCGAGUCCAACUCCAAGCUCCUAAAGCCCCCAGCAACUACGCUAGGCGCCGCAGCUUUAGCCCUACACUACUCGAAUUUGAUCAUAGUGAUGGAGAAGAUGAUCAAGUCACCACAAUUGGUCGGUCUGGAUGCCAGGGAUGAUCUUUAUACAAUGUUACCAAGCAGUAUACGUUCGAUGCUGAGGGAUAGGUUGAAGGGAUCCGCGGGGUUUUCGGCGAGCGAUCCGGUUCUUGCUGGGGAGUGGAGGGAGGCCUUGGGAAGGAUCUUGGGUUGGUUGUCACCAUUAGCACAUAAUAUGAUAAAAUGGCAAAGUGAAAGGAGCUUUGAGCAACAAACUUUGUUGCCCAAAACGAACGUGAUGCUUCUGCAGACGCUAUUUUUUGCGAACAAGGAGAAGACCGAGGCUGCCAUUACCGAGCUAUUAGUGGGACUGAACUACAUUUGGAAGUUCGAGAGGGAGAUGACUGCUAAGGCCCUGUUCGAAUCCACCAACUUCAAUGGGAUGAUCUUGAAUGCGAAGAAUUCCGGCUAAAGGGCCGGAGAUGGUUUUCCUUUAAUUUCUUAAUUUCUUCUUUUUUGGUUCUAAUUUUAUCUCUAAUAUUUCAUCAUGGUUGAUUUUGGUUUAAAUUUUGUUUAAUUAGUACGAUCUUUGAGGGUUUGUUUUGCUUCUAACCCGGAUCUCUGUAUAUGGUAAUUAUAAAUAAUGCAUGUAAAUGAUCAUCAUAUAAUGAUUUUGAGUAAUCCAAACAAUUAAUGCAA